CAACAUUUUUAAACUUCCUAAACUUUACAGCGUCUCUUUCAGUGGCCGCUAACGUUUGAAGUGUAUACAAUGCGUGCCGCGUACGCGAGCACUAACAAGUAUUGCGCCCCCAGCCGUCAAUGUACUUCGUGACAUAGUUUAGAUGCAGCGCGCGUGCUUCAAAGCGGAAGUAUAAUGCCAUUAUCGAUUUGCUUAUGACAGAAAAUGCGUUGAAUGGACAAGGUUCUGGCGGAGAGGCGGGGCGAGGGGCGCGGGCCGCGGCCGUGCAGAGCGGAGCGAGCGUCAGUGUGCCGGAGGCAGCGGGCUGCGCCGUACGUGUCCACGCAGCCCGCUAAUCGAAAAUUCCGAGUGUUGUGCAAAUGCUUGUGUUUUUAUGGCGGUCACAUUACUACGAGUGUUGGUGCUGGGUGUGAUCGCGGCGGCCGCCGACGAUGUACCAAUAACGUGGUGGUCGUCGCCGCGCGCGUCGCUGGCGUGCGCGGUGCCCGAGGCGGAGCAGGUGGUGGCGCGCCGCCCCCCGCCGCCGCUCGACGCGGACGACAGGCCCAGACCGAAGCCCUACCAGUGGUGGAAGGGAGGAGAUGAGCUGAAGAGAGUUUUAAGUAACGGCACCCUCGAGGUGUCGAGGAAGAAGGAUGGCAGCAGCGAGGGCGUGUACCAGUGCGCGGUGCGCCACCACGCCGGCCUCGUGCUCGGCUAUCCGGUGCACUUGAAGUUUGCAACAUUAGAUAAGCAGUUCUCGGUGCAUCCCGAGAAUGCGACGGCGCGGCGCGGCCAGCCGUUCGUCCUGAAUUGUCGCAUCAAUUCGGGGCCAGCCGCCGUCAUCUCUUGGCAGAGAAAUGGCAAACCCUUGCCUGAGAAUAGCAGGUAUUAUUCGCUGAAGAAUCAACUACUUAUCACGGACGUGACACGUGAAGAUGCAGGACUUUACAGAUGCAAAGCAACAAAUACUCACGCGAAUAGGACGCGUGUCAGCCACGAAGGCAGGCUGGUGGUGGAGGAGAACUCCUCGGAGCUGGAGGCUGGUUUCUUGCCGGUGCAGCAGGAUGAGGCGCUGGCGGUGCCCAAGGGAGGCACUUUGGUGCUACCCUGCCCCGUCACCGGAGUGCCUAGACCUAGGUUAAUAUGGAAGUUCACUCAACCUGGGCAGAGAACCAGUGAGUUGGAACACGUAGACGAAGUACUGACUCUACGCUGGGCAGACCUGGACCAAGAGGGAGUCUACGAAUGCGCUGUCGAGGGGAACAGCGACCUGGCUAAGACCUUCAACGUGACGAUAACAGAGCCUGUCAUCAUCACAGUUCCUCCUACAUCAAAGCAGACCUUCAGAGCCAGUACCGUCAGGUUCAACUGCACCGCCGUCGGCAGGCCGCCGCCCACCAUCACCUGGUACAAGGAUGGCCAGAAACUGGGAUUGACUGGACGGAUCGUAGUAUUACCAUCAGCAGAUGGGAAGCGUAUGGAACUUCUCAUCAGGAGCGUGACGUCGGAAGAUGAAGGUAUAUACCAGUGCUUCGCGCAGAGCGGGUCGUCCGUGGUGUCGUCGUGGGCGUCGCUGGAGGUGGGCGGCGCGGGCGCGGCGGCCCCGCGCGGCGUGCGCUGCGGCCCGGCUGGCGCCACCGCCGUCAACGUGCGCUGGCCCAAGCUCAACGCGGAUGUCUUCGCGUACACUGUGCAGAUUACUAUGCCAGAUGGAAACUCGUUACCGGGGCAACCUGUGAUUGGCGUCGAGGAUGAAAUAGAAGUGGCUGAAGCACUCACACCCUACAGGUUCCAGGUCCGUGCUUACAUCAAGUCUUCAACAAAGAAUAUUGCAAGCGAUAUGUCAGAGAGCGUUACUUGCCAAGGACAGGGAGUUCCAAUAAAACUGAUGCAUGUGGGAGACGAUGUCAUGGUGAUCUGGAAGCAGUUCGCUGACCAGAACCCUGGCGUGCUGCAGUGGAUCCUGCAGUACAAGGCCGAGAAUAACACUGAGGAGCACAAUGUCACUCUAGAUGGAAGUGUCUACAAUUAUACUAUUGAAGUGCCGACCCCAGAACCACUGCAAGUCCGAGUCCUGGGCACCAAGAAGCUGCCGUGGCUCCAGCAGAACCUGACGCUGGUACCGUGGUUCUCCACCAGCGGCGCUAGCCACGAACUGGAUGGUAAGGUAACAGUUGUCCCUGAAGACGUGGAGGUGGUGGAUGUGGGGCCGCGCCACUUCACGGUGCGCUGGCGCUGCGACGAGGUCGCCAACCUGCGCGAGAUAUACACCUACAUGGUCUGCACCAGGAAGGUCAACGGGAACGAGGAGUGUGUUGAAAGCUACUCUAAUUCAAUUCGUGUCGAGAAUCUGUCUCCGAGCAGCGAGUACGUGGUUCGAGUUCAGGUUCGAGUGCCGGACAGGGGUGCUGUGGGAGAGUUCUCUAAAGCAAUACAAAUCAGCACGGAACCUGAAGGAUCCCAACGCUUCAAGGACUUAACCUACAAGUUGAUAAACGCGACUACCAUCCGUGUGUCCUGGAACAGCGUGCCUGACAAGUACACCGUCCACUACAGCAACGAACUGAAGCUGCCCAUCAACCAGUGGCCCUGUGUCGAGACCAAUGGGAAUACUGUGCUGAUCACUGGCGUGGAUUUGUCGAGCGUGUUGUACGUGAUGAUAACUGGAUACGAGCCGGUGGGGCACAGCUCCAUCUUAAACAUCCCAGUACAAAUGCCUGAUUAUCCAUCCCGUGCAGAAGCCAAGGAGUUGUCGUACGAGUUCAGUCGCGCGGGCGUGGAGGUGCGCUGGCGCGGCGCGGGCGCGCGCGUGCUGCGCUACUCGCAGAACCUCACCACGCCGCUCGAGCGCUGGACCAGCAUCAACGUCACUACCAACAGCUUCCUUCUGACGGACCUGGACCCCUCGCAGCCAACGUACGUGAUGGUGGCGGUGGCGGGCCCCUCCCCACGGAGUCAGGUGCUCACCGUGCCGCCGCGACCGCCCGACCAAUCCUCCUUCUAUCUGACUUUAGGUAUUGCAAUAGGAGUAUUGCUACUGUGUGUGCUAGCAGCUGCUGCGGUUUGCAUUUGGAGGAGAAGAAAACGGACUAGAUCUCCAGUCAGGUCACGACGACGGCACUUAUCAUCCAAUGAUGGCAACGAAGAGGAAGGAGCUGAAAUGAAGAACAUUGGCAACCGGCUGGCCAACGGUGGUGGCUCCAAGGAUGCUGGAGAACCCUUACUGAACGGACACGUUCAUAUCACUGAGAAUCCCAAUCAAACAAAAACACCAAACGGACGCAUGCGCAAAGGGCGCCGCUACGAGCCUACGUUCGACGUAGCGCGCUACGAGGAUCCGGACGCUACGCUGGAGACGGUUCUCGAUCCCGACACGUCCGCCUCUACGACCUUCAAUCUCCUGGACACCUCCCGGAGACCGGAGUACGACGUGUCCAGGUCUUCGCGGGACAUCAGCGCGAACAACUCGUUCAACAAACUCCCGGACGACAACAUGAACUCAGAGCUAACAAGGAGUACCGACUUCCAACUAGACAACAGCAAAAUUCUCCCCACGCUCCAGCCUAACGGUUGAGACCCCGCCCCUCCCGGGCACACAGAACUACACGAGGGGUAGGCGGCCCCUGAAGUCUGGUAUCCCUCGAUACCGAUUUCUCGCGUCAAUUCGAAUGGUGUUGCUAUAUUUAAGUCAAAGAAUUGAGAUUCUGUACAGACAAUCUUUUUUUUACUAGUUGCUCGUUAGACACAGUAAAAUGGAUAUACGAAUAUGAUAAGGAAGGAUAAUACUUAAAAGUGUUUUUAUAGAUAAUAAUGAGGCUUAAAAUAGUCCGAUUAAUACGGGUCUGCGCGAGGAUAGCUUGUCGUGUUACGUUCCUAACGUUAGAAUUUAUUUUUAAUGAUUGUAAGGCUGAUAUUUUUUUUUUUGAUAAACAAUAGUACGGGUAAAUAAUUUAAGUGUUAAAAAUGGAUUCAGGUCGAAAGUAGCAGUUGUCCAAUAGCACGUGAAGUUAUUCUCGCCCCAUCCGGUCUGAUCACCUCCUGAUUGUUACGAUGUAUAUAUAACGUUAUUAUUGCCGUUUACGGCUCGCACUUGUACAUAACGUAG